UCUCUCGAUUACCGAAGGUCUUCACUCUGGCAAACAAAGUGGGUGGGGCCUCCUAAUUCUUUUUUUAUUUGUGUGUGUUUUUUUUUUUAACAGGUUGUGCUAUGACGAAACCUGCUACAUGCGGCGGCGUAGGUAAGUAUAUAUAAAGAGCCUUCGUUGGCUGACUGAAGUACCAACGAGCUCUUCAAACGACCAGCUUCGCCACCGUAAAAUUUAUACAACAGUAGCCAUGAAGGUCCAGCUCCUCCUCGUCCUUGUGGGUCUCGCCGCCUUCGCCUUCGCCCGUCCUGGCGUCCUGGAUUUCGAGGGCGACGACCACGAGCACGAGCAGGAGGGAGAACCAGGGAGAUCCGUCGAGGGAGAGUACAGCUGGACGUCUCCCGAAGGCGAGGAGUUCUUCGUGAAAUACGUGGCUGACGAAGACGGCUACAGGGUGGUGGAGUCCAACGCCGUCCCCCGCACUCACGACGGCGUGGCAGCAGACGGAAACCAAGGGUCUUUUGAUGACGAGGAAGAAGGAGAAGGCGAUGAAGAAUAGAAAGGAGAUUGUGUGUUGGAGAGUUGGAAUACGAAAAGCGUUUUCACCCAGUAUCGAAAAGGAAAAGGAAAAAAAA